AAAACAAAAAAAGUAAACAAAUGGAGAUCUCUUGAUUAAAUUGUCUGUCUUUAAUCUUCUACUCGGUUUAUUGAUGAAAUGAUUAUUUGUGCUGUUUCGGACGUAACUUUGAAUAAGACGUGUGUUGUAGGUGCUGCCAUAUUGAGAAGUAAUCUACUUUACACUUAUUACACUGUAUCAGAAACACCGUGCGCCGUAUAAAGCCAAAACAGAAGCACGUGACGUAUUAAUCACGUGACCAACUUUCGGACUAGUUCCAUGUCACACGAAACAGAUGUGGACAUCUAGUUGACAUCGAGUGGACAUCAAGUGGACAUCAAGUGGACAUCGAGUGGACAUCGAGUGGACAUCGAGUGGACAUCAAGUGGACAUCGAGUGGACAUCAAGUGGACAUCUAGUGGACAUCGAGUGGACAUCAAGUGGACAUCGAGUGGACAUCGAGUGGACAUGUCGCGGUCAGGUGACCAGAGAUGUAUGACUUGAGCUUGGAUAUCUCUAUCAACAAUGCGACCAAUGACGAUUGCGAUACCUUCCGGUCCAUUCUGCUGGCGCAGAAGAUCCUCCUCACCUUGAUUCCAGUCUUUUUUCUCCUUGUAGGAAUACCAGGUAACAUGAUCACCAUCCUAGUACUGAACAGGCCGACCAUAAAAGACAACAUCUUCUCCGUCUACUUAAGCAGCCUGUGCUAUUUUAACAUCAUCACCCUCCUGGCCCACUCCCCUCGCUUUAUCUCCCAGGCCUGGAUCCAAAGGGAACUGUAUUUCACAAACGACCACUUCUGUGUAUUAUACCGGCUUUUCUCACUGAGUGCUGUUACCAUAGCAACUUGGCUCUUGCUAGUCAUAACGGCUGCACGGCUGUUUUUUAUUACAGAGAGGACAAAACGUUGGAUUCAGUCCUAUUGCUAUCCGCCAUUUGUGAUUCUUGGACUCGUCGUUUUCGUCACGGUGGUAGAGAUCCCAAUUGUCGCUAAAUGGCUGCGGUUCAGCGAUGACAAUGGGAAGACCGUUCUAUGUCACCAGUCAAGCAAGUCCAAUAUGGUCUUUGUCCAAAUCGUUUUCCAAAUGGUGAUUCCUGCGGUCGGUAUUAUUUCAAUGAACCUCUGGAUUGUACUGAAGCACAAGAUGAAGGACUAUGGCUUGAUGGAAAAUGCCACUUCUGCGCGAUUGAGACAGCACUUGGUCGGACUAUUAGCAGUGUCCAGCACCCAUUUUAUAGUCAGUGCAUUGCCUUUAUGUAUCUACUUCCCAAAUGAAAGGCGGAUAUUUGACUUAUCCACUCCAUUAGGCCAAGUCAAGGCACAUUUCACUUACUCCCUGGUAGCACUGAUACUGUAUUCCAACAAUGCCACAAGUUUCAUUACCUACUGUUUCUUUGGGCGACGGUUCCGAGGCGAAUUCUUUAAAAUUAUAAACAAGUACAUCUUGAUGGUAUGUCCAAAUCUGAGGCUGACUGUACCGAUCCUAGACACCCCUUCUGAUUCUAAACGACUUAAGCCAAGCGGUACUGAGACAUCCAUGACAGAUGUAGGCCUAAGAGAAGACAUAUCAAUGGCCCCCUCUCUCAAAAUGGUACCAAGCAGCGAAUUUCCAGAAGGACCACGAAUGCAAGCCCCAAGAGAGUCCCUGAUUUGAGACAUUCAUUGACCUACAUGUAUCUAGCGACAUUAUCCUCGUGAAAUAAAGACCUGCUAAUGUCUCCCUUAAAGAAACUCUCGCUAUAGUUGUUUAUUGUAUGUAGUCUUUAAUGCCUAUCACUUGUUCUAAUAGCAUGCACACACACACCAUUUUCUUUUCUAUAAUUCACCACAAUAAUCCCCAGCUUCGACCUACAUAUUUUCCCGAAGAUCACAUACAUAAUAUCUCAAGAAUGUAAUUGUUGAUUAUUUCGUAUCAUUUCACUGAAUUGAAAUAAAUGUCAAAGUUCAUCUCAUUGUAACUGGUGUGCGUAUUAUUCGGUUUGUCUGAUAUUUUAUAUUAUGAGAUAAUAUGUCUUAGGAGGUGACAUUAUUCACCAGAUGACAUCGUGUUACAGAUGUUGACACUCACUAGAUGACACUGUUAACCAAAUGACAUUAAUCACCAUAUGAAACUAUUUACCAGAUGAUAGUACAUAUGAAAUGUCAUUACUUAUCAAAGGACAUUCUUGACAAAUGUCAUUAUUUAGGAGAAGAGUAGACAAUUAUUUCCAAAUGACAGGACGUAUCAUGAGACGUUACUUAUCAGGCGGAUUAUUUAUCAUGUUUCACCACUCGACAGAUGGUAUUACUCUUGAGAUAACAUUCAUAAAAAGAUGGCAUUACUCAUCAAAUGACAUUAAUUACAGAUGACGUAAAUUACAGAUGACAUAAUGACAGAUGACAUUACUUACAAAGACGUCAACAAAACUAAGGUACUUCCCUCACAAGAAAUGUAAAAGUUUUAAUGUAAGAAAGACGGCAAGACUGUAGAAUCGCAUUAGUGAAGACUUAUUUCUUUUUUUUUU